AAUUGAGAACCUCUGUUGGAACACCUGAAUACUUAAUAAAUGGAUAAAAUUAACAUUAAUAACGACUGUCUGUGACCGAUCUACAUCUUAUCCAAUGUGUUCGACAGUCUCGUAUGAUAUAUGCCUUAGGAAAGUUUCUCAAAGAAGGUAGAUCGACAGUACCUUUAACACCUUAUUGGUCAAACCGUUUCAACAACGAUUAGUCAGUAUUUCCACUGAUAAUAAUUUGAUUCUUCGAUAUGGACUCUGAGGAAUACGGCAACAAAUUAUCGAGAAACGAGUCAGAAAAUGAUAGCACCAACGAAGAAUGCGUACAUUCGCCUAUAUUAUUGGAUUUAGAUAAAAAUUCUAAGCAACAGCAAGAUAUUUUAAAUCAAGAAGAAAGUUUGCCGUCUAAAGUUUCUAGUAUCAACCAAUAUUUGCAGGAUCAGUUAAUAAGAAGUGGUCCAGAAAAUACAAAUAUGCCUCGACGACAAUCUGUAAGAAGAUCAUGGCAGGAUGAAAAUUUCGAAGAUCGUCAACAAAAUAAUCGAGUAUUUGUGAUAAGAGUUCCCGAACCGGAAGUGAUCAACACUCAUCCCCACUUGGAAAUCCUUCACGAAACGAAUAUAAAAUCAGUCCAAAGAGAACCAUCACAAACUGAGAAAGAUUAUAAAAAAUCAGCUUGCGACCGUGAACGGACAAGAAUGCGUGAUAUGAAUCGCGCUUUCGAGCUUCUACGAUCGAAGCUACCAAUCUGUAAACCACCCGGCAAAAAACUUUCGAAAAUCGAGUCACUUAGGCAUGCGAUCACGUAUAUACGACAUCUUCAAAGUCUUUUGGAACCACAGUAUAGUUACACUUCGAGCAUACCAGAGAGAAGUUACUAUGGUAAUACUGCCUCAAUUACUACAAAUACUUCCGUAGAUGUUCAACACCCUCGGUGGGAAUCGUUCACUUAUUAUCGUUACGAUUAUCACGUACCAUUCGUUAAUCCAUCACCGCCAACGUUACCUUCAUCUAUUCACUCUCGAGUACAACCGGAACAAGACGAUCGACAAUUUUUUUAUGAAGCGCGACAUUAAUACCUUUACAACAAACUUACUAUUAAUCUAUUUAAGAUUUUUUUAAGAUCUUUCAAACUAUAGUGGCACAGACUGUCUUUACAAUAAGAAAUGGGUAUCUAAUUAAUCAAAUAUUUUACGUGCCUACCAUAAUCUCUGCAAGUAUAAACCUCAUUGACGCGAAAAUGAAAUACGCUUAACUAACGCUACUCUGUGAAAAACUUUCGCGCGGAUUGUUGGAUCGGAACCUAGUAUUCGAGCUUUUAAAAUCAUCUUCAAUUAGGGCAAGGUAAUUUAAUAUACUGCAACAUAAUUUUAGCCUAUAACGUACGACUUAUUUGUAUGCAUAUUACUAUUUUUGUGAAUUCAAUGUCCCCUCCUCAGACUCUUGAACUCCAGGUAAUCGUAAAAUAUUUUAUAAAAUUUGAUAUAGUAAUUUUUCUUUUAAAGUAAG